AUGUCUCAGGAUAUCGGCGUUUUCUGGAAUAUAGAACGUUGCCCUCCUCCCGCCGGGUUGAGUGGCUACCAGGUCAUGGACGCAAUACGAAAGAAACUCGAGCACCUUGGUCCCAUAAUCACUUUGAACGGAUACCUUGGAACAUCGAUCAAACAGCCGCCCUUGAGCAGCGUCGAGCGUAGAUCGCAGAUGCAGCAUGCUGGGCUCUCAAUGAUAUACGGAGGGCAUACCGCUCAUGAUCACGCUGCAGUCAUGAUGGCCAACAUAACUAGCUUCCUCCAGGACCACUUGUCGUGCAAAGUCAUCAUCAUCACAUCCGCGUCCCAAAUCUCGUCAUGGGGGUACCAACUCUCACAGCUCAGGCAACGAGGCUACGAAUUGGCAUUUGUCGUUGGCGGCAACUCUCCUGGUGCUUUGAACCCUGUCGGUUGCAUCGGCCAUUGGGAUGAUAUUUUCAGGGCUGCCCUGCCGAAUUCACCACCACUUGCGUCUUCCUCUCAGACUGUCGCUCCUUCUGUUUCUCUGGGACAACCGGGAUCACAUGCCUUCGCCUUUGGUGGCCAUGGGCCAUCACUACCAUCGAACUCUCAAGUGGCCCCUCCUUUGUCAGCUUUCGCCUCUUCUUCGACGACACAGACGACACAGACGAUCUUAACGAGGUCAAUGUCGAAACGCGACCAGAAAGGCGAAAAAAGGUUCAGAAGAAGGUUCCCAAAAAGGCGUCGAAAAACGCUCGAAAAAGCGAGCGUGAAACACCCUAAUGCCUGA